UAAUCGAGAUUGUCACUUUGGUAACUACGUGUCAACAAUAUGGCGGCACACUCCAGUAACAAACUAGUAAAUACAGAUUAAAAACCUUUAAAAAACCCAGCACAAUGGCAGUUUAUAUGCCCCCAAUUGCCAGAAAAAAGAGAGUGCCACAAAAGUACAACCCAGACACUUUUCGUGUGAUAAGUGUGGAAGCCGAGGAAGUACAUCCAAGGUUCUCACCACCUGUUAUUAAACCAGUAUAUGAAAAAGACACCUUACCAACCAGAAAACUCCUUCCAGAUAUUCCAAUUCGACAGACACGAACUGUAGUUAAAUCAAUUUCAGACUUCCGAGCACAUAAUCCCCAGCCAAGAAACUGUGGCUUUCUGUGCCAUAAUGUUCGACUGUUGAAUGAACCCAUAGCAACUGUGACAACAAGGGAUACUCAAGAGGAUGAGUGUAACUGGUGGCCACAUCGAAUAUCCAAUGAGCCUCAUCAUAUACCAGAGCACACACUAGAUUCAACUUAUCGAGAUGAUUUUGUUUAUGAAUCGGAGAAGGUGCCACCUGGAUCAAACAGACAUCUUGCAAAUCCAAACAAAGAUCCAGCUUUGGGAGCAGUCCCAGUCAACUUUUUAAAAGGAAGAGAUGGAAAGCAGCGUUUCUUCAAAGAGGAUAUAUCCUUUCAGCAUAUCUACAACAGCAGGGCUGAUCCAAAUUAUCCAUUUGGUUUAAGGCGUGAAGGUGCCUUUGUAUGGAAACAAAUGUCACCUGCACAGCGUCAGAUGUUUAUUGAGUAUCAUGAGAAGAUUAACGAGUACUGCAAGACAGAUAUUCCAUCUCAAAGAAACAGGCAAGAUUUUGAAGAGGUGACAGAAACAAAAUAUGUUUCCCCAAGGCCAUCGAACAAGUCGGGAAACAAUUCAGUAAGAUUGUCUGUAUCCGAGAUGUCGAUUCCAUACCACAAAAAGAUGACCCCUGCAGCUACUCCAACAGUGGCAGCCAGUACAGGUGACCUACAGCACAACUCACCACAAGAAUCCAUAUUUUAUGAAAAAGACAUUGCUACACAGACAUCACCCAACCAUUCAGGUGGACCAUCACCAUCAACAAUCCAGCCAAAUGUUCCCUGUGAUACACAAACGGAAAAUUCAAAACCACCUGACGAUAUUCCUUCUAGGACUGAAUAGGCUUGGUUACUAGUCACAGUGCAAAUACAUACAUAUCUUUUUUAUUAUAAUGGAUUAUGUUUAAUAAAAUAAAGAUACAUUUUUAAAAUUAAUAUCCUAUGUGGAAUGAAAUUUAGCAUUAAUAAAAUAUCAAUGAUUAUUUGUAAUUUCGUAAAAUCCCCCUAAAACAAAAAUAUUUCUUUGUAAUCUCCCCAAAAAACAAAAGCAAAUAUAUCUGUAAUCUCCAAAUUACUAACAGCUUAUCCAGCAGUUCUCUAUUGUCGUUAUGGUAUACAUUUUUUAUGCAUCCAAACUUGUAUCACUGUGACUUUAAUUGCAUGGUUGAAUGUACCUGCCAGUAUACCAAAAGGUGACGGCAGUACUAACAUUAACACUACUAACUUAUGACAUAACAAAUCGUAUAUAAAACUGUUACUUAAUUCCCAGGUUGUAUUUGCUGAUGUGAAAGAUUAAUUAGUUUGGAGUAUUAUGUGUUGUGUGUUUUUAAUUGUUUAAAAUGUUUUUUGGUAGAUGAAAUGUUAAAAAAAAAUAAAGAUACUAUUUCAUUAAAUUACACAGAGAAUAAUACUGAGCCAAUUGCCAGUGAUUAUUAAAUUAAAUGAGUACACUAUGUGCAAGUCAUAUUAGAGAUUGUAUACAAAACAUAUUUUAGUUUAUUCACUUUUUAUGGAUGAGAAAGAAAAAUGUGUUUGUUUAUUUGAAGAAGAAUAAUAAACCCCCCCAGACCUUUGAAUAACACAACACAAUUGCAGUAAUAAAAAAAGAAGAUGAUGAUAAUGUUCUAUUUAAAAUGUGUUAAGUCCAUUUCAGUUUACCUAAUCAUGUUACAACAACCCAACACAAUAGUAUGCUGCUGAUUUCACAGUUGCCCUAUUAGUGUUGUAUUUUGCCAUCAGGGUAAUACCAUCAUUUUUUGCCUCAUGUAUUUGUCCAUAGCAAAUUGAUGUUGCUCAACAAUUAUGUAUCAACAGAUAUUUCAAUUAUGGUUAACAAACAAUUUGUCUUUUGUUUAAUCUGGACUCAUUGUUUUGUACUCAGCUUAGUUAUAUAUCUGUAUGAAUACAGACUUGUUAAGAAUCUUUCAAGUAUUUUGUUUUUGUCUUAGAUUUGUUACAUAAAUUGUGCUCUUUAAAAUCUCUUUGAAAGCCUUGGAUUUCAUAAGCUGACAUUUAAAAGCACUCCAUACUUAGUGAAGUCUCCAGACUUUAAUUACAUGCUGUUUGUAUAAUUUUUGAGAAAGACUUUACUAAAGCCGUGAGUUUGGAUUUCAUAAUUUUAUAAGCAGAGGAAAAGGACGUGCUAGUAACAAAAGAUAAAGAAAAUAAAAAUGUAUUCAUGUGAUUGUUAAAAUGGAGGCAUCUGUUCAUCUGUCAAAAUAAUCAACUUGUGUAGUCAGCAAUCAGUAUUAUCUUAAUCUAGUGACUGAUCUGUUGAUACAUAAUUGUAACCAUUUUGGUUUUUACAUUUAAUAUAUAAUUCAGUAGUGUGUACUAAUCACACCAUAUAUCUUUACAUUAUGUUUACAUAAAAUAUAUUUUAUAUUUCAUAUACAUAGCUUAAUAUGUGUUUUUUUUAUAUUUUAUAUUAAGUUUUAUAAAAUUGUAAGUCUACUGUUAAAACAGGAAUACUUAUGAGAACCCUAACCUUUGAAUAUAAAUAAUCUGAUUUAUGUAGAGCAAUGCUCAUAAAUAAAAAGUAUCGGUUACAAACUGUAUAACCUAUUUAAUGCAGCAAAUCAAUUUUAUCCUAAUAGUUUUUACUGAUAUUCACCCAAAAUUAAAACAAAACUCAUUUUUAUAACAAAUAGUACAACUAUUUAAUAGUUAGAAAAAUGUAUAGAUUUUGUUUUCUUGUUGAUGUAAUGCAUCUUUGUUAAUGUUAUAUUUUGGGUUUUAUUAAAAGAUAAUAUCCAGUUUUUACUAAUGAUGUUAUUCAGUAUUUCAAUGUUAUGGAAAAAAAAGAAGACAAGUUGGUUUGACAUUUAAAUUCCUGUUUUAUACCUUGUUUUCAUUUUGUUAACCAUGUACAUAAUGUAUAAAAUAGUGUGCUGUGAUAUGCUGAUAAAGUAUUAAGUGCUUAUAAGUGUCUAGGUUUUUUAAAUACCUGCUUAAGCUCUAAAAUCAAAUGUAUAUAUAAUAUGAUGUAUUUUUUAAAUUACACUUUGAUAUUUUUAUGUUUGUCUCAUGUUCCACAUGUUGGAAUGUUACAGGAUAAAUAAAAUAACGGAUAUAGAGUGCUGUGAUAUGCUCACUUGAGUAUUAGGUGGAUAAACCAUCCUCAUAAAUAUUAUGUUGUUGUUCGUUUAAAUAACUGUGUUAACAAAUUUAAGUUGAGCUUUGAUGUUUUUACCUACUUUUUGUCUCAUGUUCCAUACACAAGAAUUCUGAAGGAUAAACAAGAUGUCUCAGUGAUAAAAAGGGUCAAUGUAUUCCAUUUAAUUUGUUACCGUGCUUAUACAUGUAUAUACUUUUUCAUUUAUACGUUUGUAGUAUGAAAUACAACAAUAUAUAUUAGUAUUA